GAAAUUUGUUACCUACUAAAUUUAAUUUAUUUUAUUUUUAUUAUUAUAAUAAAAUAUAUAAUAUAUAAAUAAAUACCAUAAUUUGAUUAUUUUAAUUUUAAAAUGUUUUUAAGUAAAAUAACAAAAGGUUAUUUAGUUUCUUUCAAACGAACACUAUUCUUGACUCCAGUUAGAAAAAGUAUAAUUAAAAUACAAGAUCAAAAUGAUUUUAAUAAAUAUGUUGUUAAUAGUAAGGAACCUGUUAUUGUAGAUUUUUUCGCAACGUGGUGUGGCCCUUGCAAAUUAUUACAACCUCGCAUAGAAAGUGUUAUUGAAGAACUAAAUAGUACAGUAAAUCUUGUUAAAGUUGAUAUUGAUGAAAAUACAGAAAUUGCUAUGCAAUAUGGGGUUUCUGUGGUGCCUGAAUUAGUUGCAAUUAAAGAUGGUAAAGUUUUAGCCAAGAUAAUUGGUCUACAAGAUGAAGAAAAAUUAAGAAGUUUUGUUACUAAAUUAGUUGAUGAAAAUAACCCUAAAAAAGAAACAUUAUAAUUUAAUCGUUAUACGUAAUUAACUUAGUUUAACUUUAACAAAUAUUUUAUAUAACUGAAAAUUGACUAUGAAUUACCUUA